AGAAAAUGAUUUUUAUAGCACCUCUCCCGAUAAAAAUCACGAGGUGCUUCACAGAAACAAAAAGAAUGAAAAAAUAGCUGUCCAUGACCUCUACAUACCAGCAUCUGUAUCAACAAUAGGAAAACCCAUAGCAGCCUAUCGCUAAUUCCGUGUAGAGCUACUAAAUGCACCCGUUUUAUUAUGAUGUUGUUUUGUUAGUUACUGUAAACAGUGAAGGCAUCACUCCUUCCUCCAGCAACCAAAGCAUCAGACAUUGUGAUGCAUAAUUAUCCGUCCCCCUGCCCAGAUCAACCCAGAUUAUUAGGGUUGGUCAGUUAAAAAACAAACUUGUUUUUGUAGUCCCACUGAGCUCAGUUAUUAGAAAACCGUCUGAGUUGAGCAUCUCUGCACGGGCAGGUCUACCUUUAGAUGCUAAUUUAUUCAAAUAAGUCAUGUGGGAGGGCAUGUUUCUGUGUGCGUGUGUGUGCUGUCCCACAAACUUCCUGUCUGUUGGGUUGAGACUGCCACCGCUUCCCUUUCUGUCAUCAUCUGCCGCUCUUUUUCACUCGGCAUGGUGGUUACGCUGCUGCUGACUCGUGCCAAAAGAAUGACAUCUUAGCUCUGAGCACGUCAUGUCUCGCAGAAGUUCUCGCCUCGUGUCUGGUGGCUACUACCACUCAGAUGAAGAAUCUGACUCGAGCAGUGUGACAAACAUAUCCUACAGAGAAAACCCUGUCAAGGUUUUUAAGAAGUCCAGAACUCGGAAGGCUGGUUCCAGCAGCUCCAGCAGAGCCAGUAGCAAUGCUCGAUCUGCUACCCCUGAGUCCCCUCUUACCGCAGGUGUGAGUCCACUAAGUAAUCCCGCUCAGCCCACCAUGAGGACAGUACCUUACAGCCCCUCCGUGGUCACCCCUCGUCCGGCCCUGACACCGUCAUGCUCCCGCGGUCAGACGCCCACACGAUGCUCCUCAGUAACCCCAGCGAGAAGUCCCAGUGCUGGCCUCUGCAGCUCCAAUACUCCAGCUUUACACUGCAGAGCCGACCACAAGGAGAAGAGUCAAAGUGGCGUGGACAGCUCGGGGUACUCGUCGUCUGAGGACCCGUACGGGAAGCCUUUACCAGUCACCAGCAGAAUCGGCAGCGGGGCUCCCAGUGUCAGCUACAGGAGCAGGCUCAGCAGUGCCUUUAAUCGUCUGACGGAUUCCACCACUCUAAUGGCUGCUGUAGCUCAUUCAAAGAUUCUUCACCUGACAUCUUCAGUCAACACCUCCCUCAGCAGUCGGACGAAGAAGGCUUGUGGCCUCGUUCUCCUCCUCAUCAUCAUCGUACUUUUAUGCAUUUGGUUCCUCCUUCCUUUGUUCACCUAUUUCAUCUCCUGCAUGACAAAGACUCCAUCCCAGAUGAAACCAGAGAGUCCUGUCCUCUCCGCCAGCUUUCCUCCUCAAUCCCACCUCCCUCAUGCACCUGUGGUGGAUCCUGCUGUUAUUUCUGCAGCUGUGGAAGAAAAGAUGAAAUAUUUUCUGAUGGAGCUUCAGCUGAAGCAGGAACAGCUUCUCUCUCAGAUGAAAGGCAGACAAGAGCUGGACCUGCAGGUUAUGAGAGCCAAGCUGGAGGCGGUGGAAUCUGACAUUCAGCGUCAUCUGAAGCAGGAGGUUUCUGGGCUGGGCCGGCAGAUAGCAGAUUAUCAGACAGACAGCCGCUCCACAGCUGCCAGUCUCACUCUCAAAAUCCAAACUCUGGAGGCUCAGAACACCAAGCUGUCUCAGGAGGUUGCAUCCAUCCAGCUGAUGCCUCCUCCACUGCCCUGUCCUGACUCUAGCACGGCCCUGGUUCAGGACCGUCUCACCCCAGAGCUCCAACAGGCCCUGGAGAAGUGGUUCACUGACCGCAUCAAGGAGCAGGACGCCAUCGGGCUUGGCGACAGAGGAAGUUGCGCCGAGUGCCGACGCCCAAUAGCAGACAAAAUGGCGGACUUUGCUCUGGAGACUCAAGGUGCCAGUGUUGUCAGCACCAGGUGUUCCGAGACGUAUCGAACCCGUUCAGCUUGUGUGACCCUUUUUGGUUUCCCGCUCUGGUAUCCCUCUGAAAGUCCACGCACCGUCAUCCAGGGUCAUCCGGUCCUGCUUCCAGGAAAAUGUUGGGCGUUCCACGGCGUCCAGGGCACGCUCGUCAUCUCCCUGUCACACCCCGUCCGGAUAAGUCAUGUGACUCUGGACCACCUGCCUCGCUACAACUCCCCCACCGGCCGCAUCGACUCCGCUCCCAAAGACUUUGAGGUCUAUGGAAUGAAAAAUGACACCGAAGAAGGAACGCUGCUGGGGUCGUUCACCUACGAUGAGAACGGAGAUCCGACUCAGACAUUUGAGCUGCUUAAAGCGAGCGAUGUGGUGUAUCGGUUUGUGGAGUUGCGAGUUCUCAGUAACUGGGGCCACGUCGAGUACACGUGUGUUUACCGCUUCCGUGUUCAUGGGAAGAUGGCCUCAACUUGAGCGUGCUUGCACACGCCGUUCAAACAUCAAGGCUGGUGGUGCGUUCAAGACCAAAUGCUACUGAAAAGUGGCCAAAUGUUGACUAACGUCCAUCCUGUGACACAGCUGCAUAAACAGGCUUCUGUGUUUCUGCUGAUCACAAACAUCGGUGUUAAAAUGACAGAGGGGCUUUUUGUGCCGUGCACAUUUGGCUUUUAAUCGCUGCAGAAUAAAAUAUCAACUAAAAUGUCCACCUAUGGAUGCUUAAAAUUAUGAGCGUGCCACUUGAAAUGUUUUAAUAUUUUGUUAUGAUAUAAAAAUUUUUACUUAUGGGUAUUUUUUUCCUUGUGAAGAUAAUAAAAUCGCCCAUGAUCCGGCCUUCUCAGCAGCACUUUUAUCUAGCUUUAUUUCUACUGAAGCUUCAGGGAUUUAAAACAACAGCUGGUUGUUUCAGUUUCUCUCAGUUUUUUCACCUUAUAAGUAAUAAGGUGAGACGAAUGUUACUCACAUGUUCCGUCUACUCUGGGUAACUGAAAAUAAAAUCUGCGUGAGAUUUGCGUAAUGUUUUUGAUGCAAUUUAGUCCCAAGUUGUCUGACUUGUAGCUUCAUUUGUUCACAGUUUACCCAAAUCAGCAUUUUUCUCCUUUCUAGAAAAUCAGAUUCUCGUUGUUUUUGUUCGUCUUCCAUCAAAAACAACUCCGUAACUUCGGCUGAUUCUCAAAGUUGUCUCCAUUUCCUCCCACUUUAUGAGUCAUAAAAACCAGAUUCCUGCAAUGACUUUGAGAUAUUUUAGUACAAUUUGCAGCUCAUGGGAAAAACAUUAAGAAUUAUUCAAAACAUUUAGGAAAGUCCCAUGCAAAUGUUCCAAUUUGCUGCAGCUCAGAGAUACUGACUUUUAAAGUCUUGGUUUAAAAUAAAUGAUCUGGACUUGAUAACUAAUGUUACACUCUCUCCUAUAAGACCCCGGGUUUAUUUGGUGUGAUUUCUUUCCAGGUGAAACUCAAAAAAUUAGAAUAUCAUCCUGGAAGUUCAUUUAUUUCAGUUAAAGAGGGCCAACUUAUGUCCCGGGUUCAAAGAAAGAAAGAAAGAAAGAAAGAAAGAAAGAAAGAAGGAAGGAAGGAAGGAAGGAA